AUGGGGGCGGACUGUUUCAAUGGGGUCCUAAGGUUUCGUUCUGUUACAAAAGUAGACAUCGAUCAGCUGCAGUCACUGUAUAAAGAAUGCUUUCCGGUCAGCUACCCGUCUUCCUGGUUUCAAGACCUUUUAAACAACUCAUCUCUUAUUUCAAUCGUGGCUAUUUUAGACAAUGAUUUGAUCGGUGUUAUUGUGGGCACCGUAACGACUUUGGGAAGAUGCAACGUUGAUGAUCGCAAUUUACUUUCUUCAAGUUUCCCACUUUCGACUAGUGUGGCGUAUAUACUAAGUUUGGGUGUUACCGCUAGUUACAGAUCAAAGGGUGUUGCGUCUAUUCUGCUGAGAUCAUUUAUUGGUUAUGUAUCUGGUGAAAAUUUGGAAUGGUUGAAUAAUCCAGAUCAUCAUAUCAUCUUUUCUAAUAGUUUAGAUUUUUCUACUGAUGAUAAUAAGGUUUAUGUUAAUGCCAACCAUAAUGGAAGUAGUAUUACACAUACAAAUAACAGAACAACUGUGCCUGUGCCAUGGUAUAUUAAAGACUAUCAAUCCUUGUAUGAAUUAAUCAUACACUUACCACCUGUAUCUCCUGUACAAGCUGUCUAUCUGCAUGUAUUACACAGUAAUUUACCUGCAAGACGUUUCUAUGAAAAACGCGGUUUCAUCUGUCUGCAUACACGUCCUGGCUGUUAUACAAUUGAUGGCAAGCCUGCUGAUGGGUGUACAUAUGUUCUGCAUACGAAUGGAGGAUAUCUGGAUGUCAAAUCAACAAGUUCUCUUUCAAGCUUCAUGGAUAAUUUCUUCAAUGAACAUUCAACAGUGUAUCAAUUAAGAUGGAUAGUUCAAGUUAUAACACAAUCAGGAUAUACAAUAGUAUAUAAAUUAUCUAGACUAUUACGUAAUCUUUGUGAUGAUAUUUCUUCAAUUCUUCAUUUGAAUACAAAUCGUCAUCACCACCACCAACAACAACCGACACAAUACUUUUCAUCACAAUCUAUUCCUUUAUUGUAUUCUUCACCGUCUGGUGUUGUUUAUACUCCAUCACUGUCAUCAUCAUCGUCGCCUUCUUCAUCUUCAUCAUCAUCAUCAUUGUUGAUGUCCUCCGCGUCCUCCCCCUCCCCAUCUUCUUCUUCUUCAAGUGUGUAUCUUUAA